AUGCGAUGCGCGGCGAAAGCUGCUGAGAAGGAAGCUUCGCGUGCUAACGCAGCUGCUCUUGAUGAUGUUCAGUCUCUCUCGGCAGACGAUGCUCCGUCUGCUGCUCCUGCAACUCUUCCUGCAGGACUACUUGCUGCAAUUGCACGUGGUAUCUCACCAUGUGCUAAUGAUGAUGGCCCCCAAGUGGAACUCAUCUGUUCGGGGGAGUCGGGCGGUGAGUUGGACUCGAAGAAGACACCUGGGUCGCCCGAGUUUAUCGAGGCGCCCGAUUAA